AACAAAAAAUUACCACUCAGUCACUCCACAACUGUUUCAAACGCAACCAACAUGAAAAUAAUUUUUCUACUCUUCCUAUUUUUUCUAAUAAAAACCUCGAGUCAAGUAUGCCGUGUACGGCGACCCCGACCCCAUAUCAUCGUUGUAAUGGGCGACGACAUGGGGCAUAACGAUAUUGGCCUCCGGAAUAACCAAAUCCCGACCCCAAACAUCGACGCUUUGGGGUAUAAUGGGGUGGUUUUGGACCGCUACUACGUCCAGAAUGCUUGUACCCCAUCCCGGGCGGCUUUCCUCACCGGAAACUACCCCAUCCGGUCCGCAAUGCAAGGCUUACCAAUAGUCGCCGGCCAAAACCGGUCCCUACCCCUCGACAUGCCUCUAAUGCCCCAACAUUUGAAAAAUCUGGGGUACAAGACGCAUAUUGUGGGUAAAUGGCAUUUGGGGUCGGCGUAUCGGAGCAGUACCCCAACUGAAAAGGGGUUUGAUACGCAUUUUGGGUACUGGAAUGGGUUUACGGGGUAUUAUGACUAUUUCACGGAUUUUAACAGCACGGCGAUUGAAGGGUUUGAUUUGCAUGACCAGUUUGAGACCGAAUGGGGGUCCCAGGGGCAAUAUGCCACUAGGGUUUUUACACAAAGGGCUUUAGAUAUUAUAGAGGGGCAUGAUACGACAAGACCCCUUUUCCUCCUAAUGACCCAUUUGGCCGCCCAUGCUGGGCGCGAUGGUACCGAAUUGGGGGUCCCCAAUGCGGAUGAGACCCAACGGAGGUACUCCUACAUUCAGGACCCCCGUCGGAGGCUCUAUGCCGAAAUUGUGGCCGAAUUGGACCGAUCGCUCGGAAAAGUCGUCAAGAAAUUAUCCGAACGCCAAAUGCUGGAAAAUUCCAUCAUUUUGUUUUUCUCGGAUAAUGGGGCCCCCAGUGUGGGGCCUUACACAAACUCAGGGUCGAACUGGCCCCUUCGAGGGAUCAAAUUGACCAAUUUCGAAGGGGGGAUUAGGGGCACAGCGACUAUUUUUAGCCCCUUGUUGAAGAAAAGAGGUUACGUUAAUAACCAACUAAUACACGUUUCUGAUUGGUUGCCCACUUUUUACGCAGCGGCAGGGGGGAAUUUGGCCGAUUUGGGGCCCAUUGACGGGGUCAACCAAUGGGAGACCCUCUCCCUGGGCACCCCCUCUCCCCGUUCCGAGCUCCUCGUCAACAUCAACGAACAAGACAACACCACAUCCAUCAUCACCGACAACGGCCGAUUCAAACUCCUCACAGGGGUUUUUGAGGAUGGCCAAUUUGAUACAUAUUUCGGCGAUAGCGGUCGCACCCCUGGCACACCCCCUUACGACCCCUUCGCCGUCCUCCAAAGCGACACCAAUGUGGCCAUUCAGGAACUAACCCAAACACCAAUCACGCGCCGCCAAAUGCGGGUCACGAGGGCUCAAAUCGACCUAUCUUGGUGUCGAAAUGACUCUUUUAGGCCGGCUUUGAAUUGCUCGCAAUCGUGUCUUUUUGAUCUAGAGAGCGACCCGUGCGAGACUAGGAAUAUAAUUGAGGAGAAUCCGGAGGUUGGGGAGAGGCUUUUGAGGCGCAUUGAGGAGUUUUUUGGGGUUUUGGUGCCCCAAGGGGACGCCACUGUCGAUCCUAAUGCCAAUCCUCAACGGUAUAAUAACACGUGGUGCACGUGGCUUGAUGACGAGUGGUGUGUCAAAACACCAAAUAACACCAACUUGAUUUAAAGAAAUACAUUUUUUUGAACA